GCAGGCAGCAACAAGUGCAAGGACAAGUCGAGGUCCCCCACCGACUUGGAGGCUGUUUUCUUCCACGCGAUGCCGUUGGAGUGCGAUCAAGAGUGGCACCACUCCUACGACCUGGUCUCAGUGAUCAGUCUCGCGAGCGGGCCCUUCAACGACGCGCUCGCGUGCUUGAGGGUGAGGAAGCCGUACUUUGGGAUUGCGCUCACAGAGACGCACAUCAAGCACGGGAUCAUGUGGCUCACGAAGCAGGUGUGGAAAGCUUUCAUCACGGAAGGGAGCGGGCUCUACGAGCCCGAGCUGGCGGCCAUCGUCAAGGAGCACGAGGAUGAGGAUCAUCAGCCGCUGGGAGGCGACGACAACAAGGGCAGCGGUAGCGGCUCCGGGGGCGGCUGUG